AACAGAUUGAUUUUAGAUGAUUCAGGAUGAUAAAGACAGAAAAACACAGUCAUCAUACAGAAAUUCUCAAAUUAUAUUUUAGGAGGAUCUGAGCCUCCCACAUAGUUCGACUGUGGAUGUAAAUCACUUAUGCGCUAUUAAAAGAGUUUUUACAGUUUCAGCUUCUUCAAAGUAAAUGUGUGCUGAUUAGGACGAACAGGAAAUCAAUUUAACUGUAAGCUAAUAGGAAUAUUCAGUAUCAGUAACUCCACAUAAAACGUGAUGGAGAAUCAAUGUGUGAAAAACGUUAAUGCAACUAAAAGAUUUUCUAAUUCAUGUAUUUAAACACACAAAUGAUACCAUAAGACGCAAUGUACAUUUUAGUAUAAUACACACAUUUAGAAAGAUUUGUAACAUGGAUCUUAAUACCGGAUGCGACAAAAACGUUUAAAAAUGCUAAAUAUUAAGGCAGCAGAUGUAAUGUUAGUUAAAUCAGAGGUUUAUUAAAGAGUUCAAGUGUCGGUGCUUCGAUAAUCCAACAUUUAGUCCAGACGGAGUCUCUUCCAGCGGAUCAUCCAGACACCAGCAGCCGCCCCGAGCACCGGCAGCGUCCGUGUGUUUACCGGCGGAAAAAACUCUCCGCUUCCAGGCCAACGAAGCAGCACAUCGCCGCCGUUUUCCUUCCACCGUGUCCUCACAUGUCUCUGCUAACCGGAACACCGAUGUUCCACCGGAGACGAGGAGCUUUUAGGCGUUUUAGGAGCACAAACGUGCAGAAAAGUGUCAGCGAGCCGCCCUCGGUCCCCGUGUGUCCGACAGCUUGGAAGCUUCCUGGAAGCGAGAGACAAAGAGCUGGAAGCCAAACAUGAGCCCAGUGUGGAGGGACACGCGUGUGGUCGGCGUGGCAGCGACCGUGGACUGUGAAAAGGCUGAUUUUGUGCGUAUUUUGUGUCCAAAACGUGUGAGAGAAAACACAAAUAUGGCCGCAUUUGAGGCGGCGGCAGCCCAGUGCAGUGUGUUGCCUCUUUACGGUUCUCAUGGUGUUUAUAAGUCCCGCCUCCUGCCUUCAGCUCUGACACUUUGAGACAAACAGAGACACAGAAACAUGGCGGAAGAAGCUCCAGCAGCUGCACCAGCUAAAGCCCCGGUCAAAGCCCCGGCCAAAGCCCCGAAGAAGAAGGGCUCCCGGCCCACGAGGGACGGACCCAGCCUCCCGAAGCUGAUCGUCGACGCUGUGGCCGAGUCCAAGGAGCGGAAGGGGAUCUCACUGGCUGCCAUCAAGAAGGUGCUGGCGAGUAAUGGGUUGGAUGUGGUCAAGGCUAACAAACGCAUCAACACUGCUGUCACCAAGCUGGUCACCAAGGGGGUUCUGACCCAGACUAAGGGCACCGGGGCCUCCGGUUCCUUCAAACUCGCCAAGAAGGAGCCCAAAGUCUCCAAACCGGCCAAGAAGGAGACCAAGAAGAAGGCUCCCGUCAAAGCCAAGAAACCCCCCGCUGCUAAGAAAGCUGUCGCUGCCAAGAAGUCCUCGAAGAAGAUAGCAGCAGCUAAGAAGACAGUGUCCAAGACGUCCCCGAAGAAGGCGGCGGCCAAGAAAGCUGUCAAGAAGACUCUGAAGAAGAACCCCAAGAAGUCCGCCGCUAAGAAGCCCAAACCUGCAGUUAAGAAGCCCAAACCUGCAGCUAAGAAGCCCGCAGCAAAGAAAAGUGCAGCCAAGAAGCCUGCAGCUAAGAAAGCUGCCAAGAAGUGAAGCUGCUUCAUCUCCACUCACUCAUCAGCAAAGGCUCUUUUCAGAGCCACCACAGCCUCCUCUGAAGAGCUGCUGCCUCCCUCAUCACUGCAUCAACACUCUCACAAUACUCAUCCAUUCUUUCCAACAUUUAUGUAUCAAUCUUCAGUCACAUAAAACGAAUGCAUUUUUAUGUAAAUGAUACUAACCCUUUAUACUUGUUCUCAUCCAGGUUUUGUGUCUUGUCUUUUUGCACCAUCUGAGUCAAUGAAGUCAUUAAAGCUUAAUCUCAAAAUUGCAUUUCCUUGUAACUAACCCAUGUAGCAUUUUUAGCUUCACAAGUUGAAAAUAAAGGGGAGGGGGAGGG